CCACAAAAAUACAAUGUAUCAACGUCACCCCUAUCAAACUCAUUGGUAUAAGAAACGCGUCACCAUGUGUUCGUCUCCACCGGCUCUCUAUUUGUUCAAACAUGUCCGCAACAACGACAACGGCUUCCACUUUCAAAUUUGUUCGCCGUCGUGGUUUUGAGAUCAGGCCUCACAAACCCAUUUCGUAUCUUCAGUUCCCAUCUUCGAAUUUGGCCGCCCCUGCUGGAUUUGUUUCAAUGAAAGCUGUUCGGAAGUCAAUGACUGAAUCAGUGAAAACGUCUGCGUUUGGGAGUAACAGCGGCGAUGAUAGUGUAAGAGCCUUCGAGCAAGAAGCUUUGGUAAAUGGGUCCUCUGGGUUCACGGCUCAUGGGUUACAAUCGACCCUCAAUAACCUGAGUAAGUGGCUUGUAGCUGGCCUAUUUGCUGCUGUCCUGCUUUGGAGGCAUGAUGCUGAAUCCUUGUGGGCUGCUUCGGGGUCUGUCAUCAAUUCUGUUAUAUCACUGGCUCUCAAAAGGGUCCUGAACCAAGCGCGACCUGUUUCCACAUUAAGAUCUGACCCUGGGAUGCCGUCCUCACAUGCACAAUCCAUCGCCUUCACUGUGUUUUUCAUUAUUAUAUCAAUUUUGGAGUGGCAAGGAGUGAAUGAAAUUACACUGAGCGCCAGUGUGCUUGCAUUAGCAAUUGGUUCUUAUCUUUGUUGGCUACGGGUCUCACAACAAUUUCAUACAAUCAGCCAAGUAGUUGUGGGUGCGAUCUUGGGUUCAAUUUUCUCCAUUUUCUGGUUCUGGUUGUGGAAUGCUAUUUUUCUCAAAUUAUUUAUUUCCUCUUUGUGGGUUCGGAUCGUCGUUGUUUCAGGGACUGUUGGGUGUUGCCUAGGCUUUAUUUUGCAUGUAAUCCGUGAUUGGUUUAGGGAAGAAGUCUGAAUUUCAGACAUACUGGGGAAAAUGGACUGCUGGGUGUUGCCUAGGCUUUAUUUUGCAUGUAAUCCGUGAUUGGUUUAGGGAAGAAGUCCGAAUUUCACACAUACUGGGGAAAAUGUGAGCUGAAAAGCAAUUAUUUCACAGUU